AGCGAUGCGUACUUGCAUGGCCCCGCCACACACCCGUAGCUAGCAGCCCUUGCACCCACCCACCGCGGCCGCCCAUAAGUAUCUCUAUCUCCGCCGCCGGCCUUCGUUCACACCAUGCUACACACACCUAUACCUAUACACGACGACCACGCUAGCUGCUCAUCAUACGCUCGCUCUACAGGUCGAUCGGCGCGGACCUCGGCGAUUGGCCGGCAGCCGUCGCUACCCUCCGAGCGAGCCCGUGCCGUCGUGUCGCGCUGCAGGGGCGGCAGGCUGCAGCGCGCGACAUAUACGUGAGGAUAUAUAUCAGCCACGCGAUCGAUCGCGACGAGGGAGAUGAACCAGUGCGUGCCGAGCUGGGAUCUGGACGACCCGGCGCUGGUAGCGGCCGGCGGGGGCGGCCUUAGCAACCACCCGCGGACCGCGGCCGGCAGCGCGCACCACCGGGGAGGGGCGGCGGCGCCAGCUGGGGUCACGGCGGCCGGCGGAGCGUUCGCGCCCGCCGUCGUGCCCAUGGCGGACCAGUACUACGAGGUGGCUGAGCUGACGUGGGAGAAGGGCAACAUCUCCUCGCACGGGCUGCUCAACCGGCCGCCGCCCAACAAGUACCACCACCAGCCCGCCGCGUCGCACCUGCAGGACAUAGGGGGAGGCAGCGGGGCCGCCGGGGACCGCGAGACGCUCGAGGCGGUGGUCGGCGAGGCCGCCGCGCGGUCGCACUUUCUCUCGACUCCUGCGGUGCGCCUCGCGCCCUGGGGCGGGGUCGGGGCGGGCGCCGCCGUGGCGCGCGCGGGCGCGGACGCGCUGGUGCCGUGCGCCGCGAGGGCCGACGACGAGGCGGCGGAGGGGGCCGACGCGUCGAGGAGGAAGCGCGCGCGGGUGGUCGGCGAGGACGGGCUGCUAGUGUGUGCCAGCCAGGGGAGCGCCGCGCCCGGCCGCCGCGGCGACAGCGCGCUGAUCACGCUGGACGGCUGCGGCACCGGGGCCGACGACGUGUGCGGCUUCACGACCGCCACCAACAACUCGACCUCCCUGGAGCGGGAGGACACGGGCUCCCCGGACACGGAGAACACCAGCAUCGGCGGAGGCGCCAGCGACUCCCGCUGCUUCUGCCGUCGGUCACAGAGAGACGGCCUGUGCGACGAGGGGGAGAACGUGGUGAUCAACGGCGACGGGGCGGUGAGGUCGUCGGUUUCCACCAAGAGGAGCCGGGCUGCUGCCAUCCACAACGAAUCUGAGCGUAAACGAAGGGACAGAAUCAACCAGAAGAUGAAGACGCUGCAAAAGCUCGUCCCGAACUCGAGCAAGACGGACAAGGCGUCGAUGCUGGACGAGGUGAUCGACUACCUGAAGCAGCUGCAGGCGCAGGUGCAGGUGAUGAGCCGGAUGAGCAGCAUGAUGAUGCCCAUGGCGAUGCCGCAGCUGCAGAUGUCCGCCGUCAUGGCGCAGAUGGCCCAGAUGGCGCAGAUGGCCCAGGGCAUGAUGAGCAUGGGCUCCCUCGCGCCGCCGGCCGCCGCCUACGCGGGCCUCAUGCCCCCCUUCGUCCCCGCCAUGCCCUGGGACCCCACCACCACCUCCGGCGCCGGCGCCGCGGGCACGGCGGACCGCGCGCCGCAGCCCGCCGCGGGCGUCGCCGGCGCCACGCCGCCCGACGCCUUCUCGGCCUUCCUCGCGUGCCAGGCGCAGCAGAACGGCCAGCAGCAACCGGGCGGCAUGGAGGCGUACAGCAAGAUGGUGGCGCUGUACCAGAAGAUGAGCCAGCAGCAGCAGCAGGGCCAGCCCAGCAGUUCGUCGAAACAGUGAGCUGUGAGCACGCAGCUGCUCUUGUACAUCCUUUUGUUUGCUUGAUUCAAAACCCAAUUUCUAGCUCUCCCUCUCCCUCCAUCGCAUCUGUCCAGAUUUUUUUCCCCUUCUUUUGUGGUGAGCCGUGAGCGCAGAGUCGCGCAAUAGGAGGUGAAGUACAUGUAACAUCAUGUAUUUAUUCUGUUUUGACCAGCCUAGCCUUGUAUAAAAAAUCUUUGAUUUAUGCUGGCAGUCUAAUUGCUGGAGGUGAUGUUCAGUA